ACCUCUAAGCAAACAGAACUCAGUCCCAAUUCUACUAGCGCGGUAUCACCGUAUCAGUAUCAAACGCCACCAUUUCUACUCUCCACCACCCAAACAACCGUCUCUCCCCGCCACACCGCCGCUGCCCCUUCUCCUCUGCACCACCGACCACUACUGAGGUGGGUUUUCCCACCUAGUGGCCUUCAGAUACGAAUUUGUCAUGAUCCUUUUCUAAAACUGCUGUUGAUUUGUGGGUCUUGGAGAAUCAAAUGGGUAGUUUCUAAGUCAAUCCUGUAAAAGCGGAUACUACUGAAUUACAAAAUGAGUUUGUUCUCGCGGUUAAGGCAUCAGUUGCCUUAUGAACUUUUUAGGAAGCCCUUUUUCUGUCCUGUGCAUAAAUUAGUUAACUCGGUUGGGAUGGCUCGCGGGUUUGCUCAGCCUGCAUUGAAAGAAGACGAAGAAGAUGUGGAGGAAAUAGAAGUCGACCAAAGAAGGCUUCCGGCUGAUUAUGAUCCUGCUACAUUUGAUCCUGCGGAACAUCGUAGUCCUCCAACAGAGAGGGUAUGGAGACUAGUUGAUGAAAUAUCGUCGCUUACCUUGGUUGAAGUUGCAGAGCUUGGUUCAAUAAUGAUGAAAAAGAUGGGUAUGAAGGAGCCUCCAGUUGUGGGGGUCAUGAAACCUGGAGACGUUGGUAUGGGUGCAGUGUCAAUGAAGGGACCAGCAACAGCUGCCAAGGAAGAGAAGAAAGUAGAGAAGACUGUUUUUGAACUAAAGCUGGAGUCCUAUGAUGCAGCUUCAAAGAUCAAGGUUAUUAAGGAGGUUCGGAGUUUCACUGACUUGGGACUUAAAGAAGCAAAGGAUUUAGUGGAGAAGACGCCUGCAGUGUUUAAAAAAGGAGUGUCAAAGGAAGAAGGAGAGCAGAUAAUCGAGAAGAUGAAAGCUGUUGGGGCAAAAGUUGUCAUGGAGUGAAGUGAGAAUGAAACUGGCAUUUUUGUUCAUCUUUGAAAGUUUAUGAAUCUGAUGAUGUCUCCCAAAGGCAAAGUUAUAGUUGGAUUUUGAACUCUUUUUUUUUUUUUUUUUUUUGUAGUUUGUCAUUUAAGAUAAAAAAAAAAGAGCAAAACUUCAUAGUUAGCUUCGGUUUCUUGAACAUGUGAUUUACCUAAUUGGUGUUAGCUUUUCAUCUUUGUGUCAGAUGUGUCUCAUCCUUUAUUUUGGGUAUUGGGAUCAAUCUUUGAAAAAUGGCAGUUUCACAGAUACUUCUUCACUGCUACAUCACUCUUUUCCAUCC